ACAGAUGGUGGAGGAACUUUCUUCCAAAGGGUCACGUUGCUCUCUCUCCCCCCUCACUGACUCCCUCUCAACGGACCGGACCACUUCUUCACUUCUCUCCCCUUCCCUACAAACACCUCUUUCCGCUCUGGGAGAGCAGUUUCUCCUGACCGCCAAAUAACGACCUUCAAAGGACGGAACUCUCCGAGGCUCUCCGGGCCCUGAAACCCUUUCUGUGCCGGCUCAGCUCCUUAGAGGCCAGGCUCUGUAUUCUUUCUCUCCCCCCCAGCCUUCCUGCACUGAGGGACCAGACCCCAGCCCCUUCACUCAGCGAGGACAUUGGAGCGAACCAUGCCCUCCGACUUUCUAACGCCUUUCCUGGAACUGGAUGAAGAGUUCUUCAAGAACUUCCGCGGCAUGGAGGCGACAGAUGGCCCUCUACCCAGCUCCCUGCCACCACAGAACCAGAACCAGAGGGUCCUGGGCUUCCAGCGCCGCCACUCCCUGUGCCCGGUGACCCUCCCCAACUCCAAGUUCAACAGCAGCAGCAGCAGCAGCAGCUCUGAGGUGGCUGACUCAGCCGGGUGGGGGUUCAACAUGGCCCCCCCCCAGCAGUGGAGCCAGGACGGUCAGCUCCCCCGCUCCUCGCUCAGCCACAUCCCCUUCAGAGUGGACCGCUCGGUCAGCAUGAUCGAGGGCCACAGCCUGGCAGCCAGAGAGGACAAACUGGCUAACUUGACCCCCAAGGUGCUGCUCCCCCCACCAGGCUUCUGCCUCAGCAACACCUCUCUCUCUUCCAUUGCCUCCCCCUCUGACACCAUAUCCCCAGUAUCCCCCCCUCACAUCUCCACCCGGUACAAGACCGAACUCUGCCGCACCUACGAAGAAAACGGGACCUGCAAGUACGGGGCCAAAUGUCAGUUUGCCCACGGCAUGGACGAGAUGAGGGGCCUGAGCCGGCACCCCAAGUACAAGACGGAGCCGUGCCGCACCUUCCACACCAUCGGCUUCUGCCCGUACGGCGCCCGCUGCCACUUCAUCCACAACGCAGACGAGAUGCUGGACGGCGGGGGCCCUUCACAGAAACCCAGGAUGAGGCCCCCCCUGCUGCGUCACAGCGUCAGCUUCGCAGGCUUCUCCUCCUCUCCACAGACUUUCCAACCGGUGGAGGAGUCGCAGCCUUCCUCCUUCCUCUUCACCCGGGCCUCCUCAGUCUCCCCCCCUCCCUCCUCCACAGGGAGCCCAGAGCUCCUCUCCCCCCUCUUCCCUCAGCCGGGGUCCCUGAAGCAGUGUCCCUACCCCUUCUCUGGGGUCCCAGAGCUGGGUGGGGACAGCGGGGACUCGUCUCUGCGGUUCUACGCGGUGACCGACUCUAUCAGCUCCAAGUUUGCCGCCUCCACUUUCACCUCCAAGAACCCAAACCUCCCCUACCUCCUCCCCCAGCAGCUGCCCGUCUCCCUGCACAGUCUGCAGCGCUGCUCCUCGGCGGAGUCCCUCUCCGAGGAGGGCUACACCUCCUCCUGCUCCCUCAGCUCGGCCUCCAGUGGCACAGAGUCUCCGAGCUUCGAGGGCCGGCGCCUUCCCAUCUUCAGCCGGCUGUCCGUCACAGACGAGUAGGGAUGGUUUACUGCAGGGCUGAGUUUAAUGGGGGACGGAUGGUCUUAUUGUUCAAAUCUAUGUGACGAGGAUCAGAUUUUUUCUCUCCAGUCCAAAAACAACAAACACACAAUAUGUGUUGUAAAUCAAGCAGAAACUCCAUUAUCACAACUAGACUUUUUAAACAGUUGAGAUACAAGUCGCUUUCGAUUCAAACAUAGUGUUCCAGUUCCUCCCUGAACCCAGCCGGGUAAGAGUACCCAACUUUGUGCAUAUUGCAUUUCUCAUCCAAGCAGUUGUAGCGCUGCUCAGUGUUCGUCCAGUUUUAGCUGACUCCUUUUUUGUUUUAUUGUUAUUUUUAAAAAGUUUUUUAUUUGUUGCCAUUGUUACUGCUGUAUACUGUUGUAUACCAAUUCCCUGUACCCUGAUGACAUCUUAAGAUUAAUGUUGUAUGCCCUGUGCAUGACUGGAGUGCUUUUUUAGGAUAGCAAAGUUGUUUUUUCACAACUGGCUUAUUUUUGUUCCUUGCAACAGUUUAGAGUGAUGCCAGUCAUAGCAGGGCCCUCCACCUGUGUAAGCAGCCUCUUUUCCAAGAGUAAGAGGCUGAGUACUGUAUGCUGUCACUGAUUGAUUACUUGAUUGGUUGCAUGGCUGUGGCCACCUGAUUGUAUUUGUCAGCCAUAUUAACUGUGGCUCAGAUAUAGCUAAACUAAACAUCAGCAACAAAAAGUUUAGGCACCCCACUGACUCUCUAGUUACCAAAAUUGGUGUUAGAGUUACCCUAACCUAGUAUUGCUAACACCUAGCCUUUUACCAACAGGUAAUAUACAGUUUUAUGAUAUUGAUAUUAUAGCUAAAACAUUUCUAGAUGUUUCUAGAUAUUUAUUGUUUUUGUAUAGGUUGCUAUGUGUGAUUUGUGUCUGUGUUCAUGCUGUGUUAUAAUGCUAGAGAAACGUUGCUUUACUUUCAUGAUGGCCAUCUGCUCGGUUGAUGCUAUCCAGUAGCUUUAAUGAGGCUAGCGGAGAGGAGACAAAGGGAGGGAGAGAAACAUUUUUGGCAUUCUAUAAGUACGUAUGUUGCCUUAUUGGCUAAAUGGCCAGCAGAAAUCAAGUCUCACUGAGUUAACACCAUGAGCAGCUCGAUUAGUAAGUUAGUGGUUAUCUUCCACUAGAGGAGCCUUCUGAUGGUACUGCCUCUGAAACAUCUGGGAUCAGUAGCAUUAGCCAUGCUAACUGCUGAUGGUGUCAGCACACAGUGAGUCUACUCCUCUCCACUAAGCCUCUGACUGUAAUAACCUUUUUUCAGUUUGUUUAGUGAUGUUAUCUCUAUACAAAGCAAAAUGGUGUUGAAAGAGUGGUUCAUGACCUCAGAGUCAGCAGUUAUAAAUUAAAAUAUGUUUACACUAAGAUCAUUAGUUUAGGAGCAGCACAGCUAUCAAAUGAUAAGGAAAUUAUUUAGAAAAGAGUGUUAAUAUGUCAUUGUGCAUGUUUGCCUGAUCCGAGACUGCUGAACUGCAUUUGGUCGUGGUGUAUGGACAUUCCUACACUCUUUAAAUCCUGUGUGACUGUCCUAUUGUGAUGUAAACGGAGAGGUGAAAAGGUUACCUUUGAUUACUGUUUCAUUUUAUCUAUCAGAGUUGCCUUGAUGACAAUGUGUUUGUAGGUCGACCUUGCACGCCAGCUGACUGAGCGGCAGGGGGAAUCAAGACUUUUAUGGUGUGUGUUUGUGGAGAAAUGGUCCAGAGACGCUCUGUUGCUGCAGACCUGGCAGCAAGCAGCUUUUGUAACUUUUGUUAACUUAAAGUCUUAUUUAUUUUGUUUUUCAACACAAAACCUAUAUUGUGGUGUUGAAAUUGUGUUUCUUGUUUUGCAUAAUUUAAGUGCAUUUAUUGUUUACAUUCCAUGGGUUAUGUUCACAUGCUGGCUCUUUAUCUUAAUAUAUUUGUCCCAUUUCAUUUCAAAAUAAAAGUCUUUGAAAAAUGA